AUGUCAAAGUAUCUGAUUGGGAUUGAUGUUGGUGGAACAAACACUGAUGCUGUACUAUUAGACCCAGCUUCAUCAGAUAAUGAUAGGGCUGUUAUAUCUUGGAAUAAACAAUUGACAUCUAAUGAUGUUUCUGGUGGUAUAAAGGACUCUAUCCUUGAAUUGUUCAAAUCAAAUGUUGGUGUUUCUAAAAAGGAUAUAUUAUCAGUAACCAUUGGUACAACACAUUUCAUCAAUUCUAUUGUGGAAAGGGAUCAAGCUAGAUUAGACAAAGUUGCAGUGAUUAGAAUAUGUGGUCCUUUCUCUCAUAACGUUCCCCCAUUUAGUGAUUUCCCUUCCGACUUAAAAAACCUAUUGAAUGGUUAUAAUGGACUUAUAGCUGGUGGUUAUCAUGUUGAUGGAUCAGAAAUUUUAGAGAUUGAUGAAGAGGAAAUAAGGUCUCAUGCUAGGAAAAUCAAACAAUUAGGAUUGACAGCUAUAGCUGUUACUGGUGUAUUCUCUCCAGCUUUUCAAGAUCAAGAACGCAAAGUUCUUGAAAUAUUACAAGACGAGAUUCCUUUAGCAAAUAUUGUUUUAUCUCAUGAUUUAAGUGGGAUUGGACUAUUAGAGCGUGAAAACCUAGCAAUUUUAAAUGCUGCUGUUAAGAAUUUUGCUAACAAAAUCAUCAAAGCUUUUUCUCAUGCUGUCAGGACAUCUGGUAUCGAUGCUCCUAUAUUGCUAACGCAAAAUGAUGGUACAGUUUUGACAAUAAAUGAAGCACUUAAGAUUCCAAUCAAAACUUUCUCAUCGGGUACGACGAAUUCAAUGAGAGGUGCUUCUUUCUUAUUGAAUAAAUUUAAAGGGGAAAACGUUAUUGUCUUAGAUGUUGGUGGUACUACAUUAGAUGGUGGUAUGUUACUAUCAAAUGGUUAUCCACGGAAAACUUCAUCUUAUUCAUUCAUUGGUGGUGUGAAAACAAGAUUAUCAAUGCCACAAGUUGAAAGUAUUGGUCUAGGUGGUGGCUCUAUUGUUAGAGUUCUUGAAAAUGAAAAAGUUACAAUUGGUCCAGAUUCUGUUGGUAAUGAUUUUAGUAAAUCCAUUGUUGGUGGUGGUUCAACACUUACAACUUCUGAUAUUGCUGUUUCAAUUGAACAAUCGUUAGAAAAUUCAGAUAAUGAUCCUAUUCUAUUAAUUGGUGAUAAAUCAAGAGUCACUAAUAAAGUUAGUAAUGACCUGAAAAAUGCUUAUAAUGUUGAAAUAUUAAGAAUGGUUGAAAAACUUAUUGAUAAGAUCAAAACUUCACCAGCUGACAUACCUGUAUUAUUAGUUGGUGGUGGUUCAUUUAUUUUACCACAAAGUAUAAAUGGUGCUUCUGAAGUUUGGAGACCUAAGUAUUACCAAGUUGCAAAUGCUAUUGGUGCAGCUAUAGGUAAAAUUAGUGCAGUUUCACAAAAAUUUGGCAAAGUAGAAGAUAAAGAAAAAAUAGUGGAGGAGUUAACUCAACAAGCUCGUGAAAAAGCUUUGAAUAAUGGAGCAUUAGAAAAUACCAUACAAGUUGUUGAUAUAGUUUCAGAGGAAUUACCAUAUGCCAACUUACAUAGAUUUGAAACAAAAGUUGUUGCAGAUGUUGAUUACACCAAGUUAAAACUCACAGUCCCAGAUGAACUACAAAAUGCAACAGAGAUCUAUGAUGAAUCGAGCGAACAGUUUGAAAAAAAACCAUUAAAGAAUGAAGGAGAUGAAUUUGUUAUGGGUGAUGUUGCUACCUAUAAACCGAAAAUUGUUGAUGAUGAAUGGAUAAUAAGUGAGACCGAUUUAGAAUUUUUAAGAAUAGGUACAUACAUUCUUGGAUGCGGUGGUGGAGGUGACCCAUACCCACAAUAUUUAAUUGCAAGAAACUUAUUAAGAAAAGGUCAAGUUAUGAAAGUUGUUGAUGUUGAUUUCAAACAAAAUUAUGAAUCUAUAUCAGUUGGAUUUUGUGGAUCUCCAACAGUUUCAACAGAAAGAUUACAAGGCUCAGAAAUCAAGACUGCAUACUCAUUAUUGAAUUUUAAAGGUGAUAUAGAAUCUGUAGUUUCAUUAGAGAUUGGUGGUGGUAAUGGGUUUCAAGGGUUAUUACUUGGUGCUGAAUUGAACGCAAAAGUUAUUGAUGCAGAUCUUAUGGGAAGAGCAUAUCCAAUGAUUUGGCAAAUAUUUCCUGUUGCAUUAUCAGAUGAACCUUUCUACUCACCAUGUGCCUUCAGUGAUGGUAAUGGUAAUGAUGUUAUGGUAUCUAAGACAAAGACAAAUCAACAUGCUGAAAAGAUUGUGAGAUCCGCAUUAUCAGAACUAGGUUCAUUUGUUGGUCUUGUAUCAUCAAUCAAAAAUGUUAACUCUUUAGUUAUAAGAAAUAGUAUUUCAUUAGCUUGGAGAAUUGGUAGAGCCGUUACAUUAGCAAAACAGAAAAGUGAUAUUGAAAAUUUACCAGAACAUAUCAUCAAAUCAGUUUCACCAACUGGUGCCAAAAAAUUAUUCACUGGUAAGAUUAUUGGAAUUGAAAAGAAAGUUCACAAAGGUUAUGUAUUCGGGGAAGUAAUUAUUGAAGAUGGGAAUCAUACUUUAAGAAUUCCAUUCCAAAACGAAAACAUAUACGCAGAACUUGACGGUGAAGUUGUUGCUUCUGUCCCAGACCUUAUCACUGUUAUAGAUGCUGAUACAGGUGAAGCAGUUGGUACUCCAGAUUAUAAAUAUGGGUUAUUAGUUGUUGUUUUGACAAUUGCUCCUUCGAACUUGUGGACAGAUACUGAAAAAGCUUUGAAACUUGGUGGACCUGAAGCCUUUGGACUUGAUAAUAUCAAAUAUAAAACAACUACAGAACCUUAUGUAAAGCCUCAUAGUGUUAUCGAGGAGUAUAAAUAA